AUGGCCUUGGACCAAAAUCAUGACAGAAAAUCAGUGACUGGUGAUGACUCACAAUUGAAAGCAUUUAUCAGGAUAAAUGCUGAAGAAUUGACACCAGACCCGAGCAGUGCAGAUGACACCUCCAACUCGAAUGAAAAUGAAGACAAUAUGGAUGCAAAAAGUUCUGAUAAAAACACUGUAGUAACAGACAGCAGAGAUGUAAAGAAGGAAAGGAAUCAUGAGGUGUCUAGUUCUCCAGCUAAAGGCAAAGAAGAAAAGAAAGAAGAGAAUAUGGAAAAGUUUAUGUCCCCGAGUGAAGGCCAAGAAGAAGAGAAUACAGUAGAAAUAAUGACCAGUGUUCUCUCCUCAGAGGCACAAGCAAUGGUUGAGUAUGACAUUUUUGAAAAAAUCUUGUCUGAGAAAGAAAAGUUUCCAACAGUAAGCAUGCUGGACUUUGCUGGUCAGUUAGCGUAUUAUGCUUGCCACCAAAUUUACGUAACACCAAAAGCCUUCUUCAUCCUUGUGUUGGACAUGACUAAGAGGUUUGAAGAUGUUGUCAGUAAAGAGAAAGAUAACCAGGAAGAAUCAAUUUUCUCUGUGUGGACUUACAAAGACUACCUAAAGUUCUGGAUAACCUCAAUCAAGACAUUUGGAGGUACUAAGGCACCAAUGUUUCUCGUUGUCACGCACACAGAAAGAAAAUCUACUGAUGAGAUAGAGAAGUUUUUUGAGGAAUUCUGGGAGGCAGUACCAGUUGAGGACAGAGAUUGGUUAAAAGAAUCUCUAAAAGACCGUAUAUAUACAGUGGGUCUAGUUAAACUAAAUGAUAACACGAAAAGAAAUCUCGAUUCAAUGACAAAGUCCAUAGUUGAACUAUUCACAAAUGAAAACAAUACAAAAAUUGAGUUGCUUUCUUCAUGGGCAUUAAUGGAGCAGUUAUUAUAUGAAGGAGCCUGGAAGAUUUUGCCCUUGAGUGAAAUUUGGAAGCUCAAUGCAUCCCUUCCCCAUGAAUACCAGAUCAAAAGUGAUGAGGGAAUGUCUAUGUUCUUAAAAUGUUUCCAUGACAAUGGCCUUCUUUUAUACUAUAAUGAAGAGAAAUUAAAGGAUCAUGUAGUACUUGACAUUCAGUGGUUUGCUAAAGCUUUCAGCAAGAUUAUUGCUGAUAAAAACCAUAUUAAUGAAGACUGCAAAACGAGAUUAAUAACAGAAUGGAAAUCUUUCAACAAAACGGGUGAACUUAAAGAUAAAGUGAUAGAUGCUCUAUGGAAAGAUGAACCCUCUUACCUGGAACACAAAAGUCAAAUUAUGUCGUACAUGGAGAAGCUUCAAAUGCUGGUACCUUUGGACACUUUUGAGGCUGUAUCAGAAGGCGACAUGUCUUGGUAUGUCCCAUGUAUGAACAAACACCAAUUUAAAGCGAACUAUGAAGAAAUAGGGGAAUGCUCCUCCAUUUUAUGCUUUCGGUUCACUUCUUUUGCCAUGUUUGUGUUCUACAGACUGGUGGCAUACUGCAUGAGCUCUUUAAAAUGGAGAGUUUUAAAAAACGAAGACAAUGAAGGAAGUCCUUGUCUUUAUCAAACAGCAGCAGUGUUUAGUCACAAACAACACACUGUUGUUGUUGGCAUAUCUAAUGAUGAUAUCCAGUUACAACUAUUGAGAAUCACACCACUGACUAUAGACAAAGGCGUGUCAAAUGAAAUAGGAGAAUCCAUUGAAAAGUCCAUAGAAAAACUGACAGAAACAUUUAUUGGCACAAAAGUAUUCCACAAAGGAUUCAAAUGUCAUUACAUUAUUUGUGAUGAAAAAGAUUCAUCUUUCUCCCUUGCAGAUGAUCUCUCCCAAAUUAAAACUGAUGAAGAAACAGAGUGUAUGUGUCAACAACAGAAAAAACACGUCAUAAAUGUGCAAAAGACUCUGAGUUUUUGGGAAAAG